AGAUCGCCCUCGUGACAUGAUUAAGCAUUGUUUAUUGAAAAAUCUUUGGGUGAACAGUUGGACUCAACCGGUAUAAAAAUCAUAGAGAAUGGCAAAUUUUCUAUAAAAUAUUACAAGGAUGGUAGAGAUGAACGCAAUUAUGAAGUAAAUUUUGGUGAUGACAAACAUAUGCCAAGUUGUUCAUGCCCCGAUUGGAAAUCAUCUGCGUAUCCUUGUAAACAUUUUUUUGCUGUUUUUAAGAAAUUUCCGUGUUGGGGAUGGAAGUCUAUGUCCAGCUUGUACAGCAUGUUUCGUGGAAAGGUUGCUGGUCACACAAAAACCCAAAUAUGCUCAAUUAUUAAUUGUUGUGAGGAUCAACUCAGUUAAAGUAAUUCCCGUUCAGCAACAAAAGAACGGGGUUGACUGUGGGGCUUUCGCAGUAGCAUUUGCAUAUCACACUGUCGCGACCAAAAAACUUCCUAUAGAUAUCAAUUUUGAAACAUCAAAAAUGAGAAACCAUAUGCUGCAAUGUUUAACUGCAAAUCAAAUCACCAAGUUUCCUCAAUGUGAUAGCCACAUAAUAGCUCGAAGAUGUGCGUCCAAGGAAAUAUCCAUCGACCUCUACUGCAGUUGCCGAAUGCCAUGGAGAGCCGCAGAAAGCUAUAUUUUAGACAAGCAAAUGGCUGAAUGUAGUAACUGUGGAGGAUGGUUUCACAGAAUGUGUGAACGGAUAGCGGACUCUGUAUUUGAGGUGGAAAAUUGUAAAAGUCUGUGGUAUUGUUACUGUUGUUUCACUAAUAUAAGUAAAACAUAGUCUUCGCUAACUUGUUGUAUAUCCCGCGUAAGUCCAAGCUUAAGAGCCUUGGGGAUAAGGUGAAGGGGCGCAGGAAACUUAAUUUAACCCAGUAAAAUCGGGUUUCUACAAAAAAUCCCGUGUACUUUUGGCUACUGUUAUUUAUUGCUAACCGAAACUCCGAAUCAAUGUUUUGCAAAACAGGAUGUUUGGUCGAUGAGACUUCUCAGGUAAAAAAUGCUGUAUGUUCUAGCUAGUUUGUUACUUAGCUAUGUUAAAGUAAUUUACAUUUGCGAUUCUUCAGAGUGUUUAAAGCUCUUAUUUAAGCUACGCAUUUCCCUAGCAUUUCUGUCCAACUAUAAAAUGACCUUCCUUAUACGUAGUUAGGGAUCAAACCCAUUACCUGACUUAACAGUUUGGGAACCAAAACUGAUGAUUAAUAGCCUAAAAGGUGCAGUAGUUUUCAGGAAAGUUUGACCGAUUUAAGCUACAUUUGCAUGUCAUGUAGCUAGCUAGCUACAGACUGUAUUGCAUAUAAAGUUUCACAUAAAGAAUGUAAAAUAAGUGUUUUCUUAUAUUUAACACGACCAUCGUUAAAAUGCAGCAUCAGCAGCAGAUCAGAAUUACAAACUUUGACAAGCAAAUCUACAGUGCAAUUUUCUGAUAAUAUUCUUCAUGAACUUUAUGAAAAGGGCUGUGUACUUUUGUACUAAGAUAACAUGUCCUUUAUUAAUUGCUAUUUUGUUUUGUACACAAAUAUUCAAAAAACAUUUUUAUAAAUUUUAAUCCUAAAUCGAACAUUUUUUCUUAUAUAUUUUGGCCUAUGGACUACAUUGUGUUACAUUGUGUAACAAGCAAAACAUAUUGCUCCAUAAAAAACCUGACAUACGAGCUUAAGUUGUAUGUAAGUGUGUCGUAACUUACAUAUAUAAAUGAGGUUAUGAAUAAAAAUUCUCCCUGAUGUGCACAAAAACAUGUGAAUGUAGCAUCAAGUAUACUGUACAUAUUUACUCUAUUAUCCAGUUUCCCUGUUUUUCAAGUAAUCCUGCCUUUUUUUGCCAUGGAUUGUAAAAAAUAUUUUCAAAAUUAGCAUACACUAUCUGUGGAAGAAAUUUUUGUGGAACUCUUUUUUGCAGAACUUUAGGCCAAAUCUGUAAAAAUGUUCCACAGAAAUUUUAGAAAUCAGUCAAACAUCGGUUCUGAAAAAUUAUUCUGCAAAAUUUUCCAUUUCAGCUAGCCGCAACAAUUAAAAAUUUUUUUAUUUCUUCAUACUUUGAUUUCUUUAGGAUCUAAGUUAUUGGGUUCUAUGUUUCUCAUUUGUAAAUGCCCUAACUUCUGAAUACUAUGUUAGGCAAAAUACUGAUUUUGCCUCUGCUGAAAUAAUUGAACUUUAGGCACCCAAAAAUUAAUAUUGCACAUUUCGCAUAUAUUCUGCAAAUUAAAGCAUUUUUGUGUACCACUCACCCACAAAAAUAAAUUUCAGGAAAAUUUAUUGUGCAAAUAAUUUGUACCCUUGGCAAGUUUAGGCUCUUACAACAAGUUUGAAUGCAUAUUGAAAUUGAAAAAAAAAAGUUAUAAAGGUAUUGCUUAUAGCCUGGAAAAGAUUUGAGGUCAGCCAUAAUCUAACACAGCCAUUAUCAGCAUUUCCAAAAAAAUGUUGACAGAGUAAACUGCAAACAUUAAUUUGUGAAAAAUGAAUCACUAAAACUAAUAUAUAUUUAUAUAAUUUAUUAUAGUCUUUGGUUAAUAGUAUUUACUUCACAUUAUUUUUAAGGGAAACUAGACGUCUAUGGUUCUUCUAUGAUUUUACAGAAUUUGUAUCAUUAAAAUUUUUAGAACUUUCUAGGUAGAUCCCAAGUUUUUAUACUUUUUAUAACUGUGUGUAAAUCUGUAUAUUUUUGUUAUUUAUUCAGGUGUAAUUAAAUUGAAGUAUAUCUAAA